AUGAACAAGAUGAAGAACUUUAAGCGCCGGUUCUCCCUGUCUGUGCCCCGCACUGAGACCAUUGAAGAGUCACUGGCUGAGUUCACGGAGCAGCUCACCCAGCUGCACAACCGACGGAAUGAGGACCUGCAACUCAAUCCCCUCGGUGGAGACCCCCAACCGGAGCCCAGUGCCCUGUCCCCCACAGACAGCGGGGAGGAGCUGGGGCGCCCAUCCCCUGGCAUGCAGUACCGCCAGCCCCAGAGCCAGCGCCGCUUCUCCAUGGAGGUGAGCGGGGCCCAGAGAGGGUGCAGAGCCUCCAGAGAGCACACAGCAGCCCCUGGGGGAGGAGAUAUCAGCAAGAGGCUCUCGCUGCCCAUGGAUAUCCGCCUGCCCCAAGAAUUCCUGCAGAAGCUACAGCUAGAGAACCCAUACCUGCCCAAGCCGAUCAGCCGCAUGUCCCGCCGCGCCUCACUGUCAGACAUCGGCUUUGGGAAACUGGAAACCUACGUGAAACUGGACAAGCUUGGGGAGGGCACCUAUGCCACGGUCUUCAAAGGGCGCAGCAAACUCACGCAGAACCUGGUGGCCCUAAAGGAGAUCAGGCUGGAACAUGAGGAGGGCGCACCUUGCACAGCCAUCCGCGAGGUGUCACUCCUCAAGGACCUGAAGCAUGCCAACAUUGUCACCUUACAUGACCUCAUCCACACGGACCGCUCCCUCACAUUGGUCUUUGAGUACCUGGACAGUGACCUGAAGCAAUAUUUGGACCACUGCGGGAACCUCAUGAGCAUGCACAAUGUCAAGAUCUUCAUGUUCCAGCUGCUCCGGGGUCUGGCCUACUGCCACCGCCGCAAGAUCCUGCACCGGGACCUCAAGCCUCAGAACCUGCUCAUCAACGACAGGGGCGAGCUGAAGCUGGCUGACUUCGGACUGGCCCGGGCAAAGUCGGUGCCCACCAAGACCUAUUCCAACGAGGUGGUCACCUUGUGGUACAGACCCCCUGAUGUGCUGCUGGGCUCCACGCAGUACUCCACCCCCAUCGACAUGUGGGGCGUGGGCUGCAUUCACUAUGAGAUGGCCACCGGGAGGCCCCUCUUUCCUGGCUCCACUGUGAAGGAGGAGUUACAUCUCAUCUUCCGCCUCCUCGGGACCCCUACAGAAGAGACCUGGCCCGGGGUGACGGCUCUGUCCGAGUUCCAAGCCUACAGUUUCCCCCGAUACCUCCCUCAGCCGCUGCUCAGCCAUGCUCCCAGGUUGGAUCCCGAUGGCAUCAGCUUCCUGAGCAGCUUCCUCCUGUAUGAAUCCAAGAGUCGCCUGUCGGCGGAAGCUGCCCUGAGGCACCCCUACUUCCGGUCUCUGGGAGAGCGCGUGCACCAGCUGGAGGACACUGCCUCCAUCUUCUCACUGAGGGAAAUCCAGCUCCAGAAAGACCCCGGUUACCGCAGCCUGGCCUUCCAGGCACCAGGACGAGGGAAGAACCGGCGGCAGAGCAUCUUCUGAGCCAGACGCACCUGCUGCAGCCCCAAGGGAAAGGAGUCGCAGCUAGCACCAAUGCAGACAGCAUGAGGACUGAGGCUGACGGCCAGGCUGGAAUCCUGCCCAGCAGCCCUGCUGGCCAUGGCUGUUUCCCAUCCCUGCUCCCACAUGCCUCUGUCACCUGCCACCAUGGGCUGGCCAAGGACCACUUCCCUGGGCGGAGCCCACAGGGUCUCAGAGACUCUCUCACCCCCGGGUGCUCGGGCACGGGAGAACCCAAGUCCUGAGAGGUGUCCCCAGGACAGUAGAAGGAAGCAUCAUCCCCACCUUCCUCCUCCCAUUCUUCCCUGCUGGGUGCCCAGCUGCGCCCAGGGGUGUCCUGGUACUGCCAGUUGCACCUCCACCACCUCAGUCAGCCUUGCCCACUGCCUGUAUCAGAAUGGAGUUGCCUUAAAUUGGCAGGUGGAACAGCCCCCACUGCCCUUGGAGCUGUGACUCAGCCCCUACCUGUCCCUUGCCUAUCUUAUCACCCAUAAGCACCAAAAAACAGCCUGGGUCAGGGUCCUGGGGACGGCGCCAGAUAUGCAUGGUCACCUUGACGCUGGUGACUGGUCAGCCCUGGCUCCUUGGGGCUGGCAAGGCCUCCCUUGUGCCCUUCUGCCUUGUCCUGCAGCUUUGCCCACCUGACCCCAGUCCCAGCUUCCCUGUGCACCUCUCCCUGGCCUGCCCAAAGGGUGGCCACAAACUGGAGGGGUGUGCAUGCCCCAGACUGAGGUAGGGGACAGGGCUUGGAGCAUGCGGGACCACUACCCUGAGAAGGCACCCCUCUUGCAUUCCUACUCUAAAUAGCAAAGGCCAAGGGGAGGCCAGGUCCUGCCCUUUCCCACCAGGCCCCUGCCCAGCCUGGCCAAUCUCAGGCUACCCCCAGCUCUCACCCCUCCCCUUCCCCAGCAUUGUACUGUGAACAUCCUGGGACUCUG